AUCCAAUGCACCCUAGAUUAGAAAGAUUAUAGAAAUGGGGAAAGCUGGGAAAUGGCUUAGAAGUUUCUUGACAGGAAAGAAAGAUAAAGAAAAAUAUACAACUGAUCAGAAUCUAACAAUUAGUGUUGAGAAUCCAGUGACUCCAAUUUCAACCACACCAACUACUCAGAAAGAAAAAAGGCGAUGGAGUUUUCGCAGAUCUUCAGCAACAGCAACAGCUCCAACUCCAAGGGACUUGAAUUCUACAGAACCGACUGCCACAUCACAACCCCCGGUGCAGGCUACAUCAGAUUCUGAAAACGAGCAGAAGAAACAUGCAAUGGCUUUGGCAGCAGCUGUAGCUGCUGAUGCAGCUGUUGUGCUCCGCCUAACAACUGUUGCCAAUCAGAAAACACGUGCUAUUGAAGAGGCUGCUGCCAUAAAGAUUCAGUCCGUCUUCCGUUCUUAUCUGGCAAGAAAAGCAUUAUGUGCAUUAAAAGGAUUAGUGAAGUUGCAGGCAUUAGUAAGAGGUCACCUUGUAAGGAAACAGGCCACUGCUACACUUCGGUGUAUGCAGGCAUUGGUGACUGUACAGGCUAGAGCUCGAGCCCAAAGGAUCCUAAUGGCAGAAGAAACAAAGCCUGCUAGUCAGAGACAAUCAAUCCACAAAAAAUCAACACACGAUAACAGAUUUAGACAUUUAAAUUAUGAUACUGAUAGAGGCAUGGAGGAGAACAUCAAAAUUGUUGAGAUGGAUCUUGGACAAGCAAAGGGAAGCACAAAGAGCAGAAAUAGUUAUUCACACCAACCACAACCUGAAUAUGAAGACCCUAGAUUUUCCACAUAUUAUGAAUCACUAAACCAUGUAUACUCGAAGCCAGACAAGUGCCAACUCUCACCAGCUCCAUCAGCUCUAACCGACAUGAGCCCCAGAGGCUGCAGUGGGCAUUUUGAGGACUAUUCCCUCAACACAGCAGAAAGCAGCCCCUACUAUUCUGCAGUAUCAAAACCUGAACCAUCAAGAGUUCCGUUUGCUUUUCCCCAGCCAGAAUAUGCAGAAUCAUUGUCCUAUGACUACCCAUUAUUUCCAAAUUACAUGGCAAACACAGAAUCUUCCAGAGCAAAAGUUCGGUCACAUAGUGCGCCAAAACAAAGGCCAGACUCGUUUGAGAGGCAACCAAGCAGAAGGAGGGCAUCAGUUGAAGGAAGGAAUAUUCCAAGGGCCAUGCGAAUGCAGCGAUCAUCUUCACAUGUCGGGGCUACAGCUCAGAAUUACCAAUAUCCAUGGUCAACUAAACUUGACAGAUCAACAGUAUCCCUCAAAGAUAGUGAAUGCGGAUCCACCAGUACAGUGCUCACAAACACCACUUACUGCAGAACAGUCGUUGGUUUUGAUAUUCAUGGAAAUAGGUACUAACGUUGCCGCACUCUCCAACACUGCAAUUGGUAUUUCGUGUGCCCCAUCAGAUGAAAACAAAACUUAGACAUGAGUUAAAUGAUGCGAGUGUCAGCUAAGAAAGAUCAAAGACAUCGAAAUGUUUCACACAAAGAGCUGCUGGAGUGUUUCUGACAACUGCUCAAUUCUCACUCCACCGUUAUUGCCAGUGUAGAAAAAAUUCCCUUAUCUUAUCUUUUGUUUAUUUUUUAUUUUUGCUUUGCGUGAUUUGUAUAAAUGUUUUCCAUAGGAAAGCAUAAUGCAAUGGGAACUAACCCGCAGGCACACAGAGAAAGUGCAGGAACACGUCCUUAACUGUUCUUUUUCUCUGUCAAUAGAAAUUUGUUUGAGUGUGAAUUUUCCCCAAAUAGUCACUUCUUUUGUACUAUUUGAUUUCACGGUAAUCCUGAAAAUUUGAUGUGUUUAUAAA